AUGUGAUGACGGACAGACUGUAACACCGGAGCGAUGCUUGAAGUCACUCUCAUCAGCAACAAAGCGAAGCAACAGCAGCAGCAGCAGCACUGACGUAAACCAUCCACCACAUCACCGGAACCAUACGGACCGGGACCGACACCAUAACGUCUCCUCCGAAGGACGCGCAGGAUGGAAACGGAGCGCUGAGAGAGACUGGGAUCGUGAUGAUGCUCGGACUCCAAUUCACGGCAACGUUUGAAAUGCGCGUUAAAUGGAGACUCAUGACAAGAGAUGCUGCAGGGUGCCGCAUUGCCUGGCCGCUUGACGAUGGUAGGAUAGAGCAGCGCUUUUAACCGUGAUGCUCGUUCUCAGAUGCUUUUGGGGUGGGAUUAGUAGUCGAUUGAACGCCUCAGAUUUGAUCGUACGCAAACUAAGACGAUUUCAUCCUGCUUAAGCCAUACAUGCACGCACACGUAUACAAUCGACGAGCACGACCAGAUGAAUGUAUGUGUAUUUACGUUGCAGACCAAGCAUUAAUAAACCCACAAUACAGGUGAACUCAGAAGGAGUAUAUGAGGUGAACUAACAGUGUCGUAGCUUACACUCAGGACCAUCUCCAAAGUCAGGUUUUUAUUUGCAAGCGCUGCAGUGAUAGGGCUCUUUAUGAUUGGUAUUUUCAUCACCGGUUACAUUGGGAAUAUAUAGUGAUAUUAUACAGAGUACAUUGUAGUCAGUUUCGUGCCGGUGCAAGGACAAUGACUCAUUUACAGGCAGGCCUGUCUCCAGAAACCCUGGAGAAAGCCAAGGUGGAGUUAAAGGAGAACCCCGACACUUUGCAUCAGGACAUACAGGAGGUGAGGGACAUGAUCAUCACCCGUCCAGACAUUGGCUUUCUCAGGACAGACGAUGCUUUCAUCCUGCGCUUUCUUAGAGCCCGGAAAUUUAACCAUUUCGAGGCCUUCCGCCUCCUGGCCCAAUACUUUGAGUACCGGCAACAGAACCUAGAUAUGUUCAAGAACCUCAAGGCCACCGAUCCGGGGAUCAAGCAGGCUCUAAAGGACGGAUUUCCUGGGGUUCUGUCCAAUUUGGAUAGAUAUGGGAGGAAGAUACUGGUUCUGUUUGCCUCAAACUGGGAUCAGAGCAGGUACACUUUUGUGGAUAUUCUGCGAGCUAUUUUACUUUCUCUGGAGGCAAUGAUAGAAGACCCCGAGCUACAAGUAAAUGGAUUUGUCUUGAUCAUUGACUGGAGUAACUUCACUUUCAAGCAAGCUUCCAAGUUAACUCCAAGCAUGCUGAGAUUGGCAAUUGAGGGCCUGCAGGAUAGCUUUCCAGCAAGGUUUGGAGGGAUUCAUUUUGUCAAUCAACCUUGGUACAUCCACGCUUUGUACACAGUCAUCCGGCCUUUCCUCAAGGACAAAACAAGAAAAAGGAUUUUCAUGCAUGGAAACAAUCUGAACAGCUUGCAUCAGCUGAUCUUGCCUGAGAUUCUGCCGUCUGAGCUUGGUGGCAUGCUGCCUCCUUAUGACAUGGGCACCUGGGCCAGAACGUUGCUGGACCACGCAUAUGACGAGGAGACGGACUACUGCCCCGAAUCCUACACCUUGUCUGUCAAAGACCUGGAGAAAGACCUGUCCCCCAAAACUAUGAAGAGGUCUCAGUCCGUGGUGGAACCAGGUGUCCUGAAACGACCAGAAAAAGUGAAAAGCGAAGAAGAAAACAUGCAGCCGCUGCUUUCCUGGACUAAAGGCUCUUAAUUCCCCAGGCAACGAGGAAACGUCAAGCCCCGUACGCUGGGGAGGAGAGCACCUUGUUCCUAUAAUGCGAGAAAAAAAAAAUGUACAAAGAAAGGAAAUGUUAAAAAGCUAAAGAACACACGAACAGCCUCCAGGAACACUGCAGAGAGCUGCCAGUUAAAAUCAUAUUUUUGAAGCAAAGAGCUAACGGCGGACGUCCGUAUGUAAUUGUCAAGUGCCAAUUCAAAUCUGUAAAUACACUUCAGUUCUAGACGUGAGAUUGAGGGAGUAAUUGUGACAUGAACCUGUAAAGACUGCUGUGAAUAUCCUGUGUGUGCUUCUCGUGAUUAUUAUGUAGAACAUGGUACUGUAGGAUGGAUAAUCAUGCUUAUAAAGAUUCACAAGCUUUGGGGUAUCCUACAUUUAUAAUCCCCAAAUCAGGAGUCGCUCAGGAGUAUUUCGAAAGGAACGCAUAGAGCUAUUGGCGGAGUCAGACAGGCAUAUGCUACUUCCAUUAAAGAAAACACCAUCGCCGGUCCAGGUUUCAGUGUUUCACAGCAAAUACCCCUUUACGGAGAAAGGAUUUUUCUAACGAGCGUUUACUAAUAUUAUUUUACCACAACGUAAGCUGUGUUUUCCGUUUAGUAUUCUUAUAUCCCAGAGGGGUUGAGUCACGUUUAAGUAGGCUUUAGCUGAUUCUUCACUGAUGGCCUUGUUGUUUACACUUUGUCGUAGAGCCGUGGAAUAUCGCUUUAUUUCGUAACCAUUUCCAUAUUAGGCUUAUAAGUUGGUUUCCAAGGCAUUUGUAUCCAUACCAAGGACCAGAUAGAGUAAAACAAAGUACCGUCUUUGCAGUCUUUCCAACUUCAGAGUCACUGCUUCUGAAGUUAAAGAAAUAGUUCACCCAAAAAUGAGAAUUUUCUCUUUAUUUACUCACCUUGCGUCAAAAAAAUGUGUUAUUUUAGUAUCGCUGAGAUACUAUUAUAGUUUAGUAAUAUUUUAUUAACUAAAUGAAUCGUUUAAAAACUAUAUGUGUUGAUAUAUUUAAUAUAUAUGUUGCCCAUAUGUUGACAUUUUUCCUUGAAACCUGAAAGGAGAGUUUUGGGAGUUCGGAGCAACACACUCACAUGGUGAGUAAGACAGUACGUUCAUUUUUGGUUGCUCUAUUUCUAUUCCUAAGUAUUAUUUAAAGUUCUUCAGUAUUACAAAAACGGAAUUAAACUGUAACACUAACACAGCGGUUGACACAGAGCCAUUAAAAGGUGUUGUACAGUGACACAUGCUAGUGCAUGCUUCCACAUGCUUAUAUCGGUCAGCUUAUGGUUUAGAUCGUGUGAAAAUAGUUUACUCUAAAUUAUUCAGCUGUUUAAUGGAAUGCUGUGUUGUCAUUAGUCUUUGGCAAUAGGAUUUUUACAGCGGUUUAGUUUCAAGCCCAAAUGAGUGAAAUUAAAACUCAGAAUUUGUCAGUUUUAUUUCAGGGAUUUUUUUUUUAUUUAAGUGCGUGUGUGUGUGUGUGUGUUUGUGUGUGUGUGUGUAUGGUACAAGGGCAAUAUACAGUACAUUUAAAAUGCAUAAAGUACAUACAAAUCUUCCAGGCUUCACAUUUUUGCUGAGAAACACAUCCUCGCUGAUUUCAAACAAGCGAUACUUCCCAGACAAAAGUUAACGUAAAAAUACACAAUCAAAGCGUCUAACUUGGCUGAACAGUCCGUAGGAAUACUUAAGUUAUCUACAUGAUGUAAAAUUCAGCGGCCACCGCUUUCCGAUUUUUAUUUUCUUAUUUCAUGUAAAAUUACAACUCCUCAACUAUUACACAUGCGCUGUUGAAAACUUGCAUAUACGCUGAAACGUACAAUAUGCAUUGACGGCAUCUAAUGUAAUUUUUAUAUGCUAUAUAUGUUUGAUACGAGGUCAUUGAUUAUAUACAAACAGUAAUGUAUUAAUAAUUCCAUGCAGUUAACUUGCAUGCGGUUAAGUUGUUUAUACAUAAAGUUACGUUUUAGAUGCCGUUAAUGCAUUAAUUAUGUACGUUUCGGUAUUGUUCUGUAAACAUUUUUUAAACAAAUCCCUCUUUUCCCAUCUGCAGCUUUAAACACAGGCUUAACAAGUCAAUCUGUACCAGAUUUUCUCCUUGCCACAACAAAAUUAGGACUUUUUAUAUUUUGUGGACAGCUUGUUGUGUUAAGAUAGGUGAUCUCUGGUUUUUAUUUGCUGAAAUUAAAGUCAGCCCACUCUCAUGACUCACCGGGCUUCAGACAUCCAGAGGAGCGAAAAAUGUUUCUAAAACCUUGCUUUAUCAUCCUGAACAGAAACAGGGAGAACAAAAAAGUUGAAAAUUGGCCGUUUUGAAUUCGAAUGUAUUUCCUAGAGAGUAAUGUGAUGACUUUGGGUUGAGAGAAUGGCGUUAUGUAUAGUCAUGAUUACAUUUCCUCUGUCACGUUUGGAUACAAUGAGCAGGAAGGCCUCAAAACGAUGGUGUAAAUUGUUACAGUAUAUAUUUAGUAGAGCUGUGUUAAUGCCAUGAUCGGUAUUUUAUUACACCUUGAAUUUAUUUGUAUUCCUGUAUUGUAUAUGUUUUUGGUCAUGCUGCAUUAUGAACAGCCUUGUUUGUAUUUUAGGCAAUGGGAAUGUUGAUCAAAUUGUCUUCAUUUUUCUAGCCUUGCUUUCUAUGGAUAAUGUACAUGUAUUGCCAUUACAACCAAAGCAACCCUUGGUCAAGGAAACCAACAAUUAUCCCCAGCUUUUCUAAAGACUACAGGAACAAUACAUUUGGUAUUUCUUUGAUUGUUGGCUUAUCUUUUCCAUAUCACUUUGAUUGUAUAAUAGGAUGUUAGUGCUGAGAAGCCCAUGCAGUAUAGAGGUAUUAUCAUGCAGAACAAUACAUGUGGUUUAAAGGAACAUGUUGAAUGGAAGUAAAUAUGUGUAUAUGUCCUUUCAAAAUGCUGAGAUAAAUUAUGUAACUGAAACUAAACUGCGAAAGGAAAAAAAAGCAGCCAAUAAAUAUUGAUAUACAUAGUUUAAACCUACGAA